AUGUUUCUUUCGGGUAUAGGUCUUGACGGGAUAGGUGUGCACACACGAGCAACGAAUGCCGGCAUAAAAAACGUGCGACCAGGGUGCAGGAGACGUGCGGCAGGGGCUUUUCGCUCGGGCAGCGUCUCGACAUCCAUGACGUUGACACGGAGGCGCCUCCUGCAACUGGGUCUCGGACAGGCGCUCGUUUGGACACUGAGCGGACUCGCGUGGGACAAAGCCAGAGCAGCGAAUGAGAAAGAUGUCCCAGAACUACCGUUUCCAGUGCAGGUCUUAGAAAAAGGUACCGGGCCUCAGCCGCAGACGGGCGACCUCGUGGGGAUCCGCUUCCGAGCGGCCUAUAAUGGCCGGGUAUUCGACGACAUCAUGGACUCGUCGGAGCCAUUCUACAUGCGUGUUGGUUCCGGUAACCUUGUGAAAGGCGUCGAGGAGGCAGUGAAACGUAUGCACGUCGGGGACUUGUGGCGCUUGGAGUUGCCGCCCGCGUACGCCUUUGGGAGCAAGGGCCGCAAGCCGUCCCCCGGGAAACCCGCGAUCCCGCCGAACGCGACGGUCGUAUAUGAAGUGCGCCUCGAUGAAGUACCAGGACGCGAGCAGGAGUUGCUUGAAGUCACUGGCGGCGAGCUCCGCGAAAACGACUAG